AAUGCCUAAUUUUCUCUGGGUGGUCCAUUACCAAGCAUGUUGAUCUUUGAAGUUAACAAGUAACAAAGAUGCUCUCCAUGUGAGUCAGUAUUAAGAAGCAGCCUUCCCAGCGGCCAAGCAGGGAGGUGUAGUUACUUCUCUGCUUGCUUUUGUGAUCUUCUGCCAUUGUUCAGGUUUAGCCAUGUGCAGCGGUCAAGCUGAACUCAUUGCCUUCUGUACCCACCACUGCCAAGGUCCCCUGGACAGCCAGAUCUGCUCCCACAGCCCUAUAAAUGCAAGAGUGCUCCCUCCUCCCCUGCUCAAAGGCCCUGGUGUUGUGGCCCUGGCUCCGCGCUGCAGCUGAGACCUUCCACCAUGAAGUUCUCCUGCCUCAUGGCUCUUCUCCUUUUCCUCCUCCAGUCUGUUCCAGGUCUCAGCUUGCCCAAAGACACCUUACGUUGUGUUGGAUACCACGGUUUCUGCUUCCAUUCAAAAUCCUGCCCAGAGCCAUUUGCUGCAUUUGGAACUUGCUCUCGGCGUCAGAAAACCUGCUGCAUAGACACGACAUCAAACUUCCACACUUGUCAAGAUGAGGGGGGUCAUUGUGUACCUCCACAAAUCAAAUGUCUGCAAGAACAGGUGGGACUUUGCCCUCACAGAGAUUGGAAGUGCUGCACAGAAGUGUGAUAAAGACCUCACGGAACUGCAGAAAACCACAGAAAUGCAUGGACAAUCUCUCUUCCUAGUGUUGUAGAGAAGAGGUGUGGUGUUCUUAUCAUGCAA